AGUAGUAAGCGAUCAUCAUGCCACCAAAUGAAGUGACAGUCGAUGAGCCAAAACCAGCGCCUGAAGUGGAAUCAGCGACUGCAGAACUAGAAACAGCAGAUCAAAAAGCCGAAGAAGCAACACAGCAUUCAAUAUUUCGAGAAAAUGCACAUCAACCAGUUGGAGAAAAUCAAAAAAUUAUACCCAACAUAGUAGAAACGACACAAACCCCACUAGGCACAACAGAAGGAGAACCAGAAGAGACUACUACUAAGACCUCAGUGUUACAAAAAGUCGAAAAUGCUGGUGAACGUGUUACCAUUGCAAUUGCUGAUAAAACUGGUCUACCCACAUGGGGUGUGGUGGCCAUUAUUAUAUUGGUAUUCCUGGUUGUCUUCGGCAUUAUAUUCUUCUGUGUACGAAGAUUCUUAAAGAAGCGACGAACUAAAGAUGGUAAGGGUAAGAAGGGUGUUGAUAUGAAAUCGGUACAAUUAUUAGGAUCAGCGUACAAAGAAAAAGUUCAGCCUGAUAUGGAGGAACUCACCGAAAAUGCUGAAGAAGGCGGCGAAGAGGAUAAAGAAAGUGAACAAAAAUUAGGCAGACUGAAUUUUAAGCUUGAAUAUGAUUUCAAUUCGAACAGUUUAGCCGUAACUGUUAUACAAGCUGAAGAAUUGCCAGCUUUAGAUAUGGGUGGUACCUCAGAUCCUUAUGUUAAAGUUUAUCUGUUGCCAGAUAAGAAAAAGAAAUUCGAAACAAAAGUACAUCGUAAGACACUAAGUCCAGUUUUUAAUGAAACAUUUACAUUUAAGAGUUUACCCUACGCUGAUGCCAUGAAUAAGACUUUAGUAUUUGCCAUCUUUGAUUUCGAUCGUUUCUCAAAGCACGAUCAAAUUGGUGAAGUUAAGGUACCACUGUGCACAAUCGAUUUGGCGCAAACAAUUGAGGAGUGGCGUGAUUUGGUCAGCGUCGAAGGUGAAGGCGGUCAGGUAAGAAGAAUUUUUAUUUAUUUUUAUAAAUAUUACGUCUUUAAACAACAGAAACUUAAACAUAUAUUAUCAGCAAUACCAAAAUUUAGUCAAGAUUUAAAAAAA